GUAAUUAUCAAUAAUUAAUGAAAUAAUAUUCACAACCGCCUGUGCACAAGUUUUCAUGAGUAUGGAGAGAAAAUCCAUUAAAACAAAUUGGGAAAAAUGUUUUCUUUUCUUUAUUUUUUUCAAAAAAGAAAACCAGAAAAAAAAAAGAGAUAUUGAAAGAGAAAACUAUAAAUACUAGUCCAACAAUUUUGUACAAGCACAGCCUCAGCCGCUCAUUUAAGAAAAUCUAUCAAAAAGCAAGUGGGCAUGGCCGCCGUUACCCUGCCUCCCGUCCACACCUUAUUCAGCCGCGUCCGACUCGCCACCGCCGCCGACAUUCCCAACAUACACAGACUCAUCCACCAGCUGGCGGUCUACGAGCACCUCACCCACGAGUUCGAGGCCACCGCCGCCGCCCUCUCCGCCACGCUCUUCCCCGCCGCCGCCCCUCCGCCGUUUGCCUCCUUUACCACGCUCCUUCUCGAGCUCUCCACCUCGCCGUUCACGCCGUCCCAUGAUCCGCACUUCACGCCCCUCCUCACAUCCUUCAACCUGGAGCUCCCCGUCGACGAUGGAGAAGAGGAGAUUUUCCGGUGCGGUGGCGGCGCAACCGUGGGCGGAUUCGUGUUGUUUUUCCCUAAGUACUCGACGAUUCUGGCGAAGCCCGGUUUCUAUAUCCAGAACAUCUUUGUGAGGGAGUGCUAUAGGAGGAGGGGGAUGGGGAGUCUGCUUUUGGCGGCCGUGGCGGCGCGGGCGGCGGAGAUGGGCGGCAGGAGGGUGGAGUGGGUGGUGGCGGAGUGGAACGUGGAUGCCAUCAAGUUUUAUGAGAGGUUGGGGGCGGAGAUAUUGCCGGCGAGGAGCCUAUGUAGGCUCACCGGCGAAGCUCUUCGUGCUUAUGCUCAUAGAGCCUAGAGGGAUAUAUUAUGGAAUACAGUGAAGCGGUUUCAAAUGUAGAAUGUAUGGUUUUGGAAAGCCAGGUGGAUCCAUUGCUAAUGGGUUUUCCAUUUCUUAUUGGUCGAGCCCAUCUAGUGGGACACAUACUUAUUGUUUCUUUCCCCCUUCUUUUCAUUUUCUUUUUUAAUUAAUUAUAUAAGCUGUCGCUUCACUUCACUAAACACCCUUAUCUU